AUGAGCACGCCUCCGGCCGAAAAGCUGCUGGAGGUGAAGCAUACCCUUCAUCAAGUGUUGCGGCGUGUGGAUUCAAAUGGCGAUGGCUACAUAGACAAAGACGAGCUGUACUAUGUUCUGGACCGGGUUGGCACAUUCAAGAAGGCUAAAUGGUCCAACUUGCACGAGACGUUAGACAGGCUGCUUGCAGGUUUGGAUACCAACGGAGAUGGCUUUGUGGAUGUAGACGAGUUCCUUGACUGGGUGCUGCUGGACAAGACUGAAGUAUCAUCUCUUCACACCCUGCAGACACGGCACAUUUUCCUUUCAGCAGAGGACGAGGCGCGGAUGGAACGGAUUGCCUUGUUUGACCUGGAAUGCCAGGAAAACAACGGCAUCCUUGCUCAAGCUGGCCUCUGCGAGCUCACGGAUCCGAAGCUUCUCCUGCUCUCGGUGGGCUCUUCCUCCACACAGGCGUACGAUGCUGCUGGCCUGUCGGUGUCUGUGCCGACAGGGACCAAGGUCGUCAAUGGCCAAGCCUUACAAGAUCUGAUCUCUGGUAUUAAGCAGCCAGCGCUGGCUUACCGGGAGAUCGUUCUGAUCAACUCGAUCGGGUAUUUGCUGAAGCCAAACGACCCCGUGCUUGUGGACCUCAAAGAGCUUGCCACAAGAAGUCCAGAGAGCGCUGCUCAACGCUUUCACGUUGCUUUGAAGGAGGCCUUCCCGUUGGCGCAGACACGCGUUUAUAAUCGAGCGAAGGACCCCCAGACCAAGCGCUAUAAGUUUCCUCAGCUUCUCAAUGAUUUCAGCUUGUCGUUGACCAAGGGCUGCGGCUUACCCGAAGAAAGUUUUGACUUCCAUCCGGACAUCAUUGUGGAUUGGGGCGGGUCAUCUUACAAGGUGUUCAUGGAUGGCAAGCGUAUUGGAACCGAGGUCAUGGAUGCGAAUGCAUUUCUUUGUGACGGCGACACUCUUCUAAGGGACCGUCUCCCGAUUGCAGUCAAAGAGAUUGAAGCCUGUGUUCUAGCCCUCCUACAAAGAGAAAUGCCGGAGCGCAGCGCCCACAAGAAGGUGCUGAUUGCACAAACCGGAAAGGCGCGUGAGCUUGCAAUGCGAGGGUGCAAAAUUUAG